AUGCGUUCGAUUAUUUCCCUCGUGAUUUUCGUUUUAUCCGUCACAUGGGUGGCCGCCGCAAUCGACACGGCUUUUGCCGAAUCGUCUUACGAGAUUUUCCCGUCUAGAGCUCGGAAAUUGGUUCAAAAAACAAUCUACGACAACUGGUCGAUAACUAGAAAGACUGUGGAUAACAGUUACAAAACAGAUAUACCAAGAGAAUUCGAUGCACGUCAGUAUUUCGUCAGUUGUUCAAAUGUCAUCGGUGACGUCAAGGACCAAGGAAACUGUGCUUCCAGCUGGGCGGUAGCAGUAGCUUCGACAUUCACUGACCGGCUUUGUAUAGCGAGCAAUGGACAAUUUACCGACAACUUGUCCGCACAAAACCUAAUGUCUUGCGGCGAUGAAGAAAAAAUGGGUUGUGACGGUGGUUCGGCGUUUAAAGCUUGGCAACUUACCAUGAGCAAAGGAAUAGUGACUGGUGGUAACUUCGAUUCCAAUGAGGGUUGCCAACCGUAUAAAAACAGACCCUGUGAUCAUUAUGGUGACAGCAGCCUGACAAAUUGUUCGAGUCACCGUAGAACGCAAAUGACGGUUUGCAGAGAAAAGUGUGUUAACAAAAACUAUAAAGUUAAAUACGAAGACGAUUUACAUAAAACUUCGAUCGUUUACAUGACUUCGUGGACGAACGUCAAACAAAUUCAACAGGAGAUCAUGACCUACGGCCCUGUAACUGCAUUCAUGUACGUGUACGAGAAUUUUAUGGGCUAUAAAGAAGGAAUUUACAAGUCUACAUCCGGUGAACUUAUAGGAUACCAUCAUGUCAAGUUGAUCGGAUGGGGCGUCGACGGAGACGGCACUGAAUACUGGUUGGCGAUGAAUUCGUGGAAUUCGAACUGGGGAAACGAUGGACUUUUCAAAAUCCUCAGAGGUUACAAUUUCUGUUCAAUCGAACUCUUAGUGAUGGCCGGCAUCGUAGACGUUUCUCAAUAA